AUGGAUCUAAUUGACCAACCCAAAGAGAAAUUCUUUGAAUGCAGUCAUCAAGAACAGUCCCUCCAUCAUAAGCAAGCCUUUAGUAAAUGUCAGAACAUCCAAGCUUGGGAGAAACUCCAUGAAUGUACUGAAUGUGGAAAAAUGUUUAUGAAAGCAAAGCUUAUUGUACAUCAAAGGACUCAUACUGGAGAAAAGCCUUAUGAAUGCUAUGAAUGUGUAAAAAAAGCCUUCAGUCAGAAGUCAGCACUUAUAGCCUACAGCAGAACUCAUACAGGUGAGAAGCCCUAUGAAUGCAAAUGCAGGAAAGCCUUUAUCCAAAAGUCAACUCUAAUUUACCAUCAGAAAACUCCUAUAGAACAGAAAGUGUUUGCCUGUGGUGAGUGUGCAAAAGCCUUUAAGAGUUCUUAUCACCUUAUUAGACAUGAAAGAACACACAUCAGACAAGCAUUUUAUAAAGUCAUCAAGUCUGUUAUGUCCAGGAUUAUGUAUGAAAGGAUUCAGGUGGGUGGGAAACUUGAGUGCAGUCAAUAUGAAAUAGUCUUUGAUGAGAAUGAUGCUAAGCCCACCCCCGUUAAACAUCACAUAAUUCACACAAAAAUGAAGCCUUAUGAAUGCAGUAAAUGAGGGAAAAGCUUUAGGGGAAAGUCAUAACUCUCUGCUUACCAGAGAAUUCAUACAGGAGAAAAACCCUAUGAAUGUAUCAUAUAUGGGAAGACUUUCAGUGGAAAGCCACUCUCUGUCCAUUGUCAUACUCAUACAGGAGAGAAACCCUGUGAAUGGAGAUGUGAGAAAAGCUUUCAUGAGAAGUCAACCUUUAUUGUACAUCAAAGAACCCACCCAGAAGAGAAGCCCUGUAAAUGCAGUGAUGGGAAUGCCUUCUGUGAGAAGUCAUCACUGGUUAAAGAUCAGAGAAUUCAUACAGGAGAGAGGCCCUAUGAUGAUGAUGGAAAAGCCUUCAGUAAGAAAUCAACUCUCAUUAAACAUCAGAGGACUCAUACAGGAGAAAAUUACAAAUAUAGUGAAUGUGGUAAAGCCUUCAGUGUGAGAUCAGCUCUCAUUGUACAUCACAGAACUCGUACAGGAGAGAAGCCCUAUGAGUGAGACUGUGGAAAAACCUUUAGUAGGAAGUCAACUCUCAUUAAACAUCAGCUAAGUCAUGCAGGAGAUAUAACCUAUGAAUACUUGAGAGUUAGAUAG